CCUCAAUACUUCAUUUCUCUUUCUCUACAUUACCACAUUGCAUGGUCGUUUCCUUCGUAUUCUCAUUCUCUUUCGUUUCACAUUCGUUUUAGGGUUUAUCCCUUUCAGUUCUUCAGUUCGUUUAAGCUCGCACCUUUCUGAGAAUCAGAAAAAAUGGCAGGAAAUGGCAAUGGAGCAGAAUUCAGUUUCGUUGGUACUGCUAAUGGAAAUGGAACAGCAAGAAAUGGAUUAGCAAAGAUACAAACACAUGAAAAGAAACCAAAUGGAAUAUGUCAUGAUGAUACCGCCGCUCCCGUGAAAGCUCAAACUCUAGAUCAACUUCAUUCCUUUCAAAAGAAAAAAUCUGCUCCUACGACUCCUAUCAAAGGUUCUCAGGGUGCUUUAUUCGCUGAAGAAGAUCGCAGUAAACAACAACUCCAAUCCAUCAGUGCGUCUUUGGCAUCACUAACAAGGGAGACAGGACCAAGAGUGGUGAAAGGAGAUCCAGCAAAGAAAGGACCUGAAACCCCAAAGGCUUCACAUGUGUCGCAUCACCACCAUUUCACACCCACUCUCAGCAUCAGUGACAGUGCUCUCAAGUUCACCCACAUCCUCUACAAUCUCUCGCCUGCAGAGCUGUAUGAACAGGCGAUUAAGUAUGAACAUGGAUCAUUCAUAACAUCAAGCGGAGCAUUAGCAACUCUAUCAGGUGCAAAGACUGGUAGAUCUCCAAGAGAUAAAAGGGUUGUCAAAGAUGAAACUACUGAGGAUGAGCUCUGGUGGGGAAAGGGCUCACCAAACAUUGAAAUGGAUGAACACACCUUCUUGGUUAACAGAGAAAGAGCUGUGGAUUACUUGAACUCACUGGAUAAGGUGUUUGUUAAUGAUCAAUUCUUGAACUGGGAUCCAGAAAACAAAAUCAAAGUCCGUAUUGUAUCAGCUAGAGCCUAUCACUCCUUAUUUAUGCACAACAUGUGUAUUCGACCCACACCUGAAGAGCUGGAGGAUUUCGGUACUCCGGACUUCACUAUUUACAAUGCUGGUCAGUUUCCAUGUAAUCGUUACACCCAUUACAUGACUUCCUCUACUAGUAUAGAUCUUAAUCUUGCUAGGAGGGAAAUGGUUAUCCUCGGUACCCAGUAUGCCGGGGAAAUGAAGAAGGGUCUUUUCAGCGUUAUGCAUUACCUCAUGCCCAAGCGUCAAAUUCUCUCCUUACACUCUGGUUGCAAUAUGGGAAAAGAUGGCGAUGUCGCCCUCUUCUUUGGUUUAUCAGGUACUGGAAAGACAACUUUGUCUACUGACCACAAUAGGUAUUUAAUUGGAGACGAUGAGCACUGUUGGAGUGAGAAUGGUGUUUCAAACAUUGAAGGUGGAUGCUAUGCCAAGUGCAUUGACCUCUCAGGAGAAAAAGAACCAGAUAUCUUCAAUGCUAUCAAGUUUGGAGCUGUGUUGGAAAAUGUUGUAUUUGAUGAGCACAACCGAGAGGUGGACUACACAGACAAAUCUGUCACAGAAAAUACUCGUGCUGCAUACCCUAUCGAAUACAUCCCCAACGCAAAGAUACCAUGUGUAGGGCCACACCCUAAGAAUGUCAUUCUUUUGGCAUGUGAUGCUUUUGGUGUGCUCCCACCAGUGAGCAAAUUGAACCUGGCGCAGACCAUGUAUCACUUCAUUAGUGGUUACACUGCUCUGGUUGCUGGAACAGAGGAAGGAAUCAAGGAACCGCAGGCAACAUUUUCAGCCUGUUUUGGAGCAGCAUUCAUUAUGUUGCAUCCUACCAAAUAUGCUGCUAUGCUUGCUGAGAAGAUGCAGAAGCACGGUGCUACAGGGUGGCUCGUCAACACUGGAUGGUCCGGUGGAAGCUAUGGUUCAGGUAACCGCAUCAGGUUGCCCUACACCCGAAAAAUCAUCGACGCCAUCCAUUCUGGCAGUCUCCUGAAUGCAAAGUUCAAGAAAACCGAAGUGUUUGGCCUUGAGAUCCCUACUGAAGUCGAGGGAGUUCCGUCAGAAAUCUUGGAUCCAAUGAACACUGUAAGAGCAGUUUUACCUCUUCUCUUUCAGACUCCUAAAUUUUUUGUGAAAUUAACAAUGUGCACUUUUUUUAUUGUUCUGUUGAAAAUUCAGUGGUCAGACAAGGAUGCCUACAAGGAGACAUUGUUGAAGCUCGGUGGACUAUUCCGGAAGAACUUUGAUGUCUUUGCAAGCUACAAGAUUGGUAAAGACAGCAAGCUCACAGAAGAGAUCCUUGCUGCUGGUCCUGUAUUCUGAUCAAUGUUUUAGAAGAUGACUACUUGAGAUAAGAUAGGACAAUGAAAUGAUAAUAAAGAUAAUGAUGAAAAGACAAUAAAAUUAGUUGUUUGUUGGUAGGAGAUUGGUGAUUAUAGUUUGGUGGAGGACUGUUGGUCGAUUUGUAAUGCUCUCUAGUUAUUGUUAUGUUGGAAUCCGUCUUAGUUUAAAUAUAUGUAAAACAUGCUUUCUUAAGCGUUCGCAUAUUGUAUGAUCAAUACAUAUAUUGAAAGCAGCAAUGUUCUUUUUCUCCA